AAAAGGGGCAGUGGAAUAUAUAAACACAGCUGUCACCGAUCAAUAGACGUCAAAAGUAGUCGAGACGUUGAAAGAACAUUCCUCCCAUCAGCAAAGAUGGAGCCGAAACUUCUACUUUUAAUUGUUUUCGCUGGGGCCGUUGGAGCUGGUGAGAAUAAAGAGCACGUUCAUUUUAAGAUCCACGUGCCCGAAAUAAUAAAGCACCACAUGCACACGCACACGAUAUUCAUUCACGUUCAUCACCCAUCGAAAAAGAAGAAGCCAUCGCACUCGCACCAUGACCACGAGGACUUGGAUAUUUACAACACCUACAGCCAGCACACAGGCUAUGGAGGAGAGUACGAAGCAGGCGGGAUGGAUAAUUACGCCAAUAGAGAUCUUCUGCAAACUCAGUAUCCGUCUCUGACGACGUACAGGGGUCACCCGGAGACGACUGUCCCGUACUACGAUGACUACACAGGUGACCCGCAAUAUCCGCGUAAUCCCGACGCGCCCGAGAGUGAGUACGAGGAGGUGGUCCCUGGGUAUGGCUAUCCACCACUGUAUACCACGAGCCAUUACCAAGUUACUGAGGCUGUAGACGAAGAGCCUGGGUCCUACGAGAGGACGAACUACGAACAGAGUCGCAAAUCGGGCGGGGAAGUCACGCACGAUCGUGUUCAUGAGAAGAAAACGAAGAGCUUUUACAAGAAUAACAUCGAGGAGUCUUCAGAGAAGACGACGAAAGAGAACAGUGAACAGAAUUUCAAGAUCCCAGGGAUAGAUUAUCUCAAGAAGCAUCUCGGUUGA